GUAUAUCAUGGUGAUUGUAGAUGAUUUUUCAAGGUUCACAUGGAUAAUGCUCUUAAGAGAAAAAUCUGAAGCUUUUGAUCUUGCCAAAAAGCUGUUCAAGAAACUACAAAUAGAGAAGGAAGUUUCUAUCUCUAGAAUACGCAGUGAUCAUGGUCGAGAAUUUGAGAAUACUAAUUUUACUUCUUUUUGUGAUGAACAGGGAAUACACUAAGAAUUUUCUGCACCUAUCACUCCACAACAAAAUGGAGUGGUGGAAAGGAAAAAUAGAGCAAUCCAAGAAAUGGCACGAACAAUGUUAAGCAACAAGAAGAUGGCUUUAUAUUUUUGGGGAGAAGCUGUGAAUACAGCAAAUCAUAUCUUGAAUCGAGUGGUUCUAAGACCCGGCACCAAUCAAACACCUUACGGUUUGUGGAAAAAUAAAAGGCCUACGGUAAAGUAUUUCAGAAUUUUUGGUAGCAAGUGUUAUAUUCUAAAAGACAGAGAAAACAAUCAUAAAUUUGAAAGCAAAAGUGAUGAGGGAUUGUUUCUUGGCUAUUCCUCAAAUAGUAAGGCUUAUAGAGUUUACAACUUACGUACACAAACUGUUAUGGAAUCAAUUAACGUAGUUGUGGAUGACAUUUCAGCUGAAACUACCAUGAAGGAGCUUGAGAAUAUGAAGGAACUAGGGCAGACCAGUGGAGAAGACUUACAAGUGCAAAAUGAGGAAGAUAAUAUAAAGGAAACACCACAAAAUCCACAAAUCAAAGAACCUUCUUCAAGAAUAACUCAAAAUCAUCCUAAAGAAAACAUUCUCGGUGAGCUAGAAGAAGGUAUGAGACUUAGAAGAAGAGUACUAAAUCAGGUUUCUUUUGUGUGUUAUUUGUCACAGGUUGAACCCAAGAAAGUCGAAGAAGCACUAAAUGAUGAAAGUUGGGUCAACGCCAUGCAUGAAGAACUCCAUCAAUUUACUAGAAAUGAUGUAUGGGAGUUAGUUCCUAAACCAGAAAAUUCUAACAUAAUUGGGACUAAGUGGAUCUUUAAGAACAAAUCCGAUGAGCAUGGUACUAUUGUGAGAAAUAAAGCAAGGCUGGUUGCACAAGGUUACACACAAGUAGAAGGGAUUGAUUUUGAUGAAACAUUUGCUCCUGUGGCCCGGUUAGAAUCUGUUCGCAUUCUUCUAGCACUUGCCUGUCAUCUAGACUUCAAAUUAUAUCAAAUGGAUGUCAAGAGUGCCUUCCUAAAUGGAGUGUUACAAGAAGAGGUAUAUGUCAACCAACCAAAAGGAUUUGUUAACCAUCUCUACCCUGAAUAUGUCUACAGGUUGAAGAAGGCGCUGUAUGGACUGAAACAAGCACCUCGAGCUUGGUAUGAAAGAUUAACUGCCUACUUACUUGAUCAUGAUUUUGUUAGAGGACAAGCUGAUAGGACCUUAUUCAUAAGAAGAUCAGGUAAACAACUCUUAAUUGCUCAAAUAUAUGUUGAUGAUAUUGUUUUUGGAGCAACACUUGAAUCUCUUGCUUAUAACUUUGCAAAUGAAAUGAAAUCUGAAUUUGAGAUGAGUAUGAUUGGUGAGUUAAAUUUCUUCUUGGGUAUUCAAGUAAAACAAUGUAAAGAAGGAAUAUUUAUUUCACAAUCUAAAUAUGCAAGAGAGUUGAGCAUGUAUGGAAUUGCUUUCAAAAAUUUUCUGAUCUUAUGUGUUACUCCUCUUUGUGCAGCUCUCUUUAAGUGUACUAACCCUAUAGGUCUUUUUGGCAAAAUGAGAUUCAAAGAAAGGGCAAAACGCAAAAAGUUCACUACUCCGGUGCCAUCCGAGCACUCUUCAAGUGAGGAUGUCCCAUCACUUGAACCCAUGCAAUUAGGCGACACUUCUGCCCCUCCUCCAUCUCCAUCACCAUCGGUGCCUGUGCCCACAGAAGCACCUACUGAUCGCUUCACCUCCAUUGAAGCCGAAAAUGCCUAUAGAAAUACCUUUUCCAAGAGACCCGUCUUGGGUGAGCGGGAGGUAAGCAUCCAUGACUUUCCUUCGGAUGACUUCCAAAUUAUCCGCCAAAUAUUCAUUGAAAGAGGUUGGGAGAAGCUCACUCAUGCCCUUCCUACACCUUAUGUUGAGGUGGUCCGGGAAUUUUAUUCAAAUAUAGCCCACUUCAAUUUAGAUGAUCAUAGCAUCAUCUCUACUAUUCGUGGGAUUCAGAUUGAGGUAUCUCCUGCUAUUCUCCGCAAUCUAUUUACUCUUCUUGAGGUUGAAUCCCCUCUAUAUCCAUAUAAGGGCAUGGGAGCCCCAACCAAGACUGCAAUGCGCAAUCUAUUUGUUGGUGUCACUGGCCCCAAAUGGACUGCCAAGACACACCGACUGCCCCUUCACAAUAUGCUUCCUCAGUAUCGGCUUCUGGCCAAAAUUGUCUUGACCAAUUUCUGGCCCAUUAGUCGUCACACUGAAAUUUCUCUAGAAAGAGCUUAUUUUAUGUAUGCUCUUGCUACUGGUGUGUCUAUUGAUUUUCCACGACAUGUCAUUGAUAUUAUUCAUCGCUCACAUGUGGAAAAAGAGUUAAAUCUCCCCUUUGGAAGUCUAAUUACAAAAUUGGCCAUGAUUGCAAAAGUGCCCCUUCGAGCCAAUGAACCCACCAUGAAGCUGCCAGGGCCUAUUUCUGCCUUAACCGUGGUUAAAUCAGCAGCUGUCAUCACCAAGAAGCGCCCCCUUACUACUGAGUCAGCAUCCUCUCCACCUGAACCAUCCAUCCCCACCUCACAACUACUUGAGCAACUCACCUUGAUAUCUCAGAAGAUGGAUAGCUUCACAGCCAAGUGGGAGGCCAGUCAGUCCAAGUUGGAGCAACAAUUGGCUGCAGUACGCUCUGAUUGUGUACAAGCAAACGAUCGACUAGUUCAACUGUCCUUGGAUGUCCAACAAAUUAUGGCCAGCGUAGCAGAUUCUGACGAGGAAGUAUAG